AUGCUUCAUUUUCAGACUCGCGCCGAUCGUGAGACACUUUAUCCGCCUGAUAAUCAGUUCUGUGCGAGUCCACAACAUUUCGCCGCCGCCAAUAUGAAUCCCUUCGCUCCGAUGAGGAAUAUUGAUGGAUUGUCAAAUAAGUACACGGACAAUCUGUACGAGUACGCUGCACGACCGUUCUGUACGCAAGCGUUGCCCAGAUGUGGAUCUAAAUUCCUAUUUUGCGACUUCUCGCGCGGUCAGCCACGUUGUGCAUCCAAGAUAAAGGUCGGGGGCCAAUGUGGUAGUGUCAGUAUGGGAGAGAAUCCAUGCUACAAUGGCGCUUGUGUGGGAGGAGUGUGUGUCGCUUCGACGCAGGUGGUCAUCACACCGCCACCUCCUAUCCCAACGAUGGGUCCAGUUGUUAUUGCUCCACAGGUAAGUAAAUCUUUUGCGCCUUACUCCGAUUUGUAA